CUAUAAAUUGAAGUCUUCUGGUUGAUGUGGACUUAGUUUUUUGACAAAUUUUGUUCAAAAUCAACUCAUAAAGAGUCACUUGGAAAUGAAAGCCAUAUUGAUCAUUGCAUUGGCACUAGUUGCCUCUGCUUGUGCCUACGAUGUAGAAGAUAUUCCAGAAUUCAUGAGAGAACGUCUCGAUAAGUACGUUGAAUUACAAGAGAAAUGGAAGCUGAAAUGGUUAGAAAUGAAUACAGAAGAACGCGAGACCUUCGAGAAAGUGAUUUAUGAUCGUCUUUCACACAUCCCUGACAAUGUUAAACUCCGUAUUCAUGGCCGUAUUGCAGGCAUGGACCCAGAAGAUCGUAUUAAGUUACGUGACUAUUUAUAUCAACGAUUCCCAGAACUUAAGGUACUCGUUCAAGCCAAGGAAGAUGAUGUUGAAGAAAUUGAUGCAAUCAUCGAAAACCUUCCUCAAGUUCUCCGCGAAAAAAUUAGCGACUUUAUCGCAAUUCGUUUUGCACCUGCUACCGCAUACGAGAAUGUCGAUGAUGCUGACUUUAUCGACUUCCCCGAAAUUCCAGAAUUAGUUGACAUUCCAGCACAAGGAGAUGGAACCCCAUACAGCAUUGACAAUGUUGAAGAAGAAGUUCGUACACAAGUCGAUUCAUUCUUACUCAGACGCGAAGACUGGAGACGAAGAUGGGAGAAUUUACCAGAAGAAAAACGUGAAGCUUUCGAGAAAUACAUUAAGGUCAAAAUGGACAAGGCUGAGGAAUAAAUUUCCAGUUAUUCCUGAAGUGUGAUCAAAUGAAGUGAAAAAAUGAAAUUGACGAGCAUCGAUCAAAACCCUACUGAAAUUUUCUCUUGUCUUUUUAACAUAUUUAUAAUAUUUGUGACAUUAUUAUAACCAAUAAACAUCUAAGAACCUUUUUAAAUUGCCUGUUGAAAAUGC